AAGUCUUAAAGGUGCAGAAGUAAAGUCGCCUCAUGACAUCUAAUGGACCGGAGGACACAGGGGACAUAAAACAACUUUAUUCACCUUCGUAGGAGUCAGUUUAACUUUAAUUUUUUUCAUCUGGUUCAGCUUUGUUUUCCCCCUGCAAAGCAACAAGUGGCAGCAACGCCCCGGGCUGGAAUCAAGCUCUCACUAUGUCUGAUGGAGAAUAUGAUUACCUCAUCAAGUUCUUAGCCCUGGGCGACUCUGGUGUGGGAAAGACCAGUUUUCUCUACCAAUACACUGAUGGCAAAUUUAACUCUAAGUUCAUCACCACUGUUGGAAUUGACUUCAGAGAAAGACGAGUGACGUACAAUUCCACCGGUCCUGAUGGCUCAUCAGGUCGAAAACAAAAGAUCCACAUGCAGCUGUGGGACACGGCAGGACAGGAGAGGUUUCGGAGUUUGACCACUGCCUUCUUUAGGGAUGCCAUGGGUUUCCUCCUGCUAUUUGACCUCACCAAUGAACAAAGUUUCCUCAAUGUCCGGAACUGGAUGAGCCAGUUACAGGUUAAUGCUUACUGCGAAAAUCCAGACGUGAUUCUGUGUGGCAACAAAUGUGACCUGUCUGAACAGAGAGCCGUGAGGGAGGAUGAAGCCCGAGACCUGGCAGAGAAGUACGGAAUCCCUUACUUUGAGACCAGUGCGGCAAACGGCCAGAACGUCACUGAGGCGGUGGACGUCCUGCUCGACCUCAUCAUGAAGAGGAUGGAACGAUGCGUGGACAAGUCCUGGAUCCCCGACGGCACUUUCAAAACGAAUGGAACCAACACUGCAGACUUGGCAGAGAGCUCCAACAGUAGCAAAUGUGCAUGUUAAGAGUGUGGACAAAUAGGAAUGUCUGUUUUAGGCUUCACAUGCAAAUGAUACACCAUUAAUAACAUGCUGUGUAGUAUGUCACUAUGUGCCUUUGUAGUAAUAGUUGGACUUUUGUGACUUUAUUGCUUGGGGUGGGGAUAUUUAUUUAAUGCUAAAAGGUCCAAUCAUGAACAUUAUACAAACCCCGUUUCCAUAUGAGUUGGGAAAUUGUGUUAGAUGUAAAUAUAAACGGAAUACAAUGAUUUGCAAAUCCUUUUCAACCCAUAUUCAAUUGAAUGCACUACAAAGACAAGAUAUUUCAUGUUCAAACUCGUAAAUUUUUUAUUUUUUUUUGCAAAUAAUAAUUAACUUAAAAUUUCAUGGCUGCAACACGUGCCAAAGUAGUUGGGAAAGGGCAUGUUCACCACUGUGUUACAUGGCCUUUCCUUUUAACAACACUCAGUAAACGUUUGGGAUCUGAAGAGACACAUUUUUUAAGCUUCUCAGGUGGAAUUCUUUCCCAUUCUUGCUUGAUGUGCAGCUUAAGUUGUUCAACAGUCCGGGGGUCUCCGUUGUGGUAUUUUAGGCUUAAUAAUGCGCCACACAUUUUCAAUGGGAGACAGGUCUGGACUACAGGCAGGCCAGUCUAGUACCCGCACUCUUUUACUAUGAAGCCACGUCGAUGUAACACGCGGCUUGGCAUUGUCUUGCUGAAAUAAGCAGGGGCGUCCAUGGUAACGUUGCUUGGAUGGCAACAUAUGUUGCUCCAAAACCUGUAUGUACCUUUCAGCAUUAAUGGUGCCUUCACAGAUGUGUAAGUUACCCAUGUCUUGGGCACUAAUACACCCCCAAACCAUCACAGAUGCUGGCUUUUCAACUUUGCGCCUAUAACAAUUCGGAUGGUUCUUUACCUCUUUGGUCCGGAGGACACAACGUCCACAGUUUCCAAAAACAAUUUGAAAUGUGGACUCGUCAGACCACAGAACACUUUUCCACUUUGUAUCAGUCCAUCUUAGAUGAGCUCAGCGAAGCCGACUGCGUUUCUGGGUGUUGUUGAUAAACUGUUUUCGCCUUGCAUAGGAGAGUUUUAACUUGCACUUACAGAUGUAGCGACCAACAGUAGUUACUGACAGUGGGUUUCUGAAGUGUUCCUGAGCCCAUGUGGUGAUAUCCUUUACACACUGAUGUCGCUUGUUGAUGCAGUACAGCCUGAGGGAUCGAAGGUCACGGGCUUAGCUGCUUACGUGCAGUGAUUUCUCCAGAUUCUCUGAACCCUUUGAUGAUAUUACGGACCGUAGAUGGUAAAAUCUCUAAAUUCCUUGCAAUAGCUGGUUGAGAAAGGUUUUUCUUAAACUGUUCGACAAUUUGCUAACACAUUUGUUGACAAAGUGGUGACCCUCUCCCCCUCCUUGUUUGUGAAUGACUGAGCAUUUUAUGGAAUCUAUUUUUAUACCCAAUCAUGGCACCCACCUGUUCCCAAUUUGCCUGUUCACCUGUGGGAUGUUCCAAAUACCGGUAAGUGUUUGAUGAGCAUUCCUCAACUUUAUCAGUAUUUAUUGCCACCUUUCCCAACUUCUUUGUCACGUGUUGCUGGCAUCAAAUUCUAAAGUUAAUGAUUAUUUGCAAAUAAAAAAUGUUUAUCAGUUUGAACAUCAAAUAUGUUGUCUUUGUAGCAUAUUCAACUGAAUAUGGGUUGAAAUUGAUUUGCAAAUCAUUGUAUUACGUUUAUAAUUACAUCUAACACAAUUUCCCAACUCAUAUGGAAACGGGGUUUGUACAUAACACAGUUUCAUUAUGCAACAAAGUAUGUUGCCAUAAAUAUGUGGGUGAUCGUAUUAAUUACUAAAACGUUAUUAGUAUUUCCUGCAGAUGUACUCAAUUGUAUUGCCGCAUUUCAUUCCAUCCAUCCAUCCAUCCAUUUUCUACCGCUUGUCCCUUUCGGGGUCGCGGGAGGUGCUGGAGCCUAUCUCAGCUGCAUUCGGGCGGAAGGCAGGGUACACCCUGGACAAGUCGCCACUUCAUCACAGGGCCAACACAGAUAGACAACAUUCACACUCGCAUUCACACACUAGGGCCAAUUUUGUGUUGCCAAUCAUUCCAAUGCUGCAAUAUUCAUUUUCACAGCCAAAAAGUAUUCUUGACUAAAAGAUGAAAACACAAGGCAAGUUGUUUACGCUUCAAUAAAUACAGUUAGUGUUCAAUUAAAUUCAUUGAUUGACAUUGUUUAAGAUAACAUAACAUCAGUCAUAAACUGUAUGUGCUAAUUGAUUAUUUGGCAGAAUAUUCCACAACAAUAAGCAGCAAUUGUGUGCCUUUUAAGUAAUAAAGAACAACUGUGCUAUAUUGGUCACAAAAUAAGAGAAUCCAUCCAUCCAUCCAUUUCCUACCGCUUGUCCCUUUUGAGGUCGCGGGGGGUCCUGGAGUCUAUCUCGGCUACAUUUGAGCGGAAGGCGGGGUACACCCUGGACAAGUCGCCAUCUCAUCGCGGGGCCAACACAAUCCAUAUAAUUUAACUUUAACAUUUUUAUUUACAUUCUGAUUGAAAAUAAUGUUAUAAUAAAAAUAUUUAAAUGAGAAAAAUUGUCAUUGAGAAGCAAUUUAAUGCUUCAAAUACUUCUCAUCUGUUUUUGUAUUCUGGUUUAUCAUUUGCAGGAGUUAUAUUUACAUUCACCAUGUAGUUAAACACUGAAAUGCAAUUGUUGUCCAAAAGUUUUCUUUUGAAAGUCUAUUAACUGUUACUUUGAUACUGUAUGUAACAACUAGCAGAAAAUAUUUGUUUCCUCAAAACAUUUCAGUCAACUAAUUCAGCAAAUACAGUAGAAAUUUGGAAUUGAUCUGUUGAAUAAAUCACAAUUUGUUCCAUACACUUGAAAAAAAUAUUUUAUUUAAAUAAACAUUUGAAUUUAUUUGUAAUGCACCAUGUCUUGGUUAAUAUGAGCAUGAAUGCAUGUUUUUCUCUUCGGAAUGAUUCACGAAACAUGAAUUGAUUAACGUGGACCCCGACUUAAACAAGUUGAAAAACUUAUUCGGGUGUUCAUUUAGUGGUCAAUUGUACGGAAUAUGUAUU